CUUGCAAGCGCAGCACUUUCUGUUACUUAAAACUCUUGGGAUAGUCUGCACUGCCCCCUUUUCAAUCACCCCGGCACCCUGAAGUUUAAGAUUUAACCGAUUUUGUAUUUUUUUUUUUCUCUACCUAACCUUAGCCAUGAGUACCGAAGCCGCGCAGCCCAUCUUCGCCACGGGCGAGAACUGCAAGCCGGUGUGGACCGACGCGAAUGCCCAGUACAACCAGGCUGACACCCACCUAGAGAUCCUGGGGAAGCCGGUCAUGGAGCGAUGGGAGACCCCCUACAUGCACUCGCUUGCCACGGUAGCGGCGUCCAAAGGGGGGCGCGUACUGGAGAUCGGGUUCGGAAUGGCUAUCGCUGCCACUAAGGUGGAGUCGUUCCCCAUCGAGGAGCACUGGAUCAUCGAGUGCAACGACGGAGUGUUUCAGAGGCUGCAGGAGUGGGCCAAGAAACAGCCACACAAGAUCGUCCCUCUCAUGUGGGAAGAUGUGGUGUCAACACUGCCUGAUGGUCACUUUGAUGGUAUUCUUUAUGAUACCUACCCUCUGUCUGAAGACACCUGGCACACACACCAGUUCAACUUCAUCAAGGGCCACGCUCACAGGCUGCUGAAGCCUGGCGGUGUCCUCACCUACUGUAACCUCACCUCCUGGGGAGAGCUGCUUAAGACCAAAUACGACAACAUUGACACCAUGUUCCAGGAGACGCAGCUGCCUCGGCUGCUGGAGGCCGGCUUCAAGAAGGAGAGCAUAAGCACCAGCCUGAUGGACAUCUCCCCUCCCUCCGAGUGCAAAUACUACUCCUUCCACAAGAUGAUCACCCCCACCAUCCUCAAACAAUAAACCCUCUUCACCUGCCCAGCAAAACAAAGCCAAAUCUGCCCUGUGGCACCAAGCCAAUAAGAACGUGUGCUUGUUUGUGGGGGGGUUGCAUAUAUAAACAAGCUGCAAAAUAAGAGCUAGACGGUCCAUUGGAACCCUCUCAAAAGGUCUUGAUGGCUACAGCAGCAGAUCUUGUAUAGUAAUCCAGUUCCACAUCUUGCAUUUGCAUCUUCUCCAGCACCCUGUAUCUAUAUAUGAAACCAAGUAGCAACUGUACAGUCACAGAAAACAAUUUAUAGAAAUGAGAGAUCAUGUUCCUAUUUGUGUGGUUAUCCCAUGCAGUGCUAGCUUGAUUAAACAGUAACCUAGUAA